AUGCAGCGAGUUUUCAAGCAUUCAUUAAAGAGAUCGUACCAUAGUGAUGUGGUGCAGGAGAUAUCACAACAGCUCGCGCACGACAAGGAGAACUUGGUCAUCGACAAGUGUGUUGCCAUUAUGUGCGAUCGAAGUGUCACAUGGAUGUGGGACGCAUUCAAAACUGUGGGGAAACCUAUCAUUGUGAAGAAGGCAUUCGAGAUGUGUCGUGUUCGCGAAUAUAACUUGUCAUACGAGAGCCUUACUGGCUUUGCCGCACGAGACAAGUUGCGAAAGUUGAAAUCAGAAGACCCUCAUUUUUGGGAAGAACUCACCAAAGUGCAGCCUCAAGAAACUACGGACACUACAAACACAAACGAAGAUAUUGAGACGGAGGUGGACCUCUAUGAUGACACAUCAUUUGACGAUACCGAUGUCCCGUGUGCGGUUGUAAUUGCUGAUAUGGUGGGUGCUUGUGUUGCAGCUGGUAUUGAGAGGGUGGACGGGAGGCUUGGUUCAAAGACGGACGCAGAGAGCUUGGAGUUUGAAGGGAACAACCAUAGCGAGGGUAGCGCUGAUGUGGCGGAGGAGUUAGGGCAGGGAAGAAGAAACAAGAAGGCCAAUACUCUGUAUUCCCACACGUUCUGGCGCCAUCAUGACGACGGCGAGACUUGA